AUGUGGGCGCAAAAGAUCUUUGUUGCUGGGCUGGCAGCUGUUGGUACAGCAGCAUCUCCUCUAGCCAUAAACAAACGCCAAUUCGCCUAUGGCUCGAACCCAGUACGUGGUGUCAAUAUAGGAGGUUGGCUGGUCCUUGAACCAUGGAUCACGCCGUCGAUAUUCGACGCAUUUGGCGAGGACGUGGUGGACGAGUAUACACUGUGCCAAACGUCAGGCGAUGCCGAAGGGAUACUUCGCAGCCACUGGGAUAGUUGGGUCUCGUUGAGCGAUUUCCAAAGAAUUGCGGACAGUGGCUUCAAUCUGGUACGGAUACCAAUCGGGUACUGGGCAUUCCAGAAAUACGAACAGGAUCCAUACGUACAAGGAGCGGCAGACUACCUCGACGCGGCCAUAGGUUGGGCCCGCCAAACAGGCCUAAAGGUCUGGAUCGACUUGCACGGUGCGCCUCGCUCGCAGAAUGGAUAUGACAACUCUGGCCAGCGUACCUCGUGGCCGGGUUGGACGCAGGGCGAUUCUAUACAGGCCACUCUCGAUGUCAUUGGUCAGAUAUCAGGGAAGUACGCGACAUCAGACUAUUCUGAUGUGGUUGUGGGGAUUGAGCUUCUGAAUGAACCAUUUAUGCCUGGAUUGUCCGGCGGCAAGUCAGCCACUCAAGGAUAUUAUCAAGCUGGAUUCGGCGUUGUCAGGCAAUGCGGACAGACACCAGUCGUGAUUCAUGAUGGCUUCGACAAACCUUCGGACUGGAAUGGGUUUCUGACUGGUCAAGGCACAUCUGGAGCCAUCGUUGACCACCACGAAUAUCAGGUCUUCACCAAUGAAGGAGUGGCACUUUCGCCCGAGGAUCAUGUCAAUGAAGUGUGGAACUCAGCAAGCAAUUGGGGAACAGGUCAAGACAAGUUCAUCAUCGUGGGUGAAUGGACUGCAGCCAUGACCGAUUGUGCGCCGUACCUCAACGGCCGGGGUGUUGGUGCAAGAUACGACGGCUCCUACAACCAAGGCAACGGCGACGGGAGUUCCUAUGUCGGAUCGUGCUCGGAUAUGAACUACAUCGACCAAUGGAGCGACUACUACAAGCAGGCCACAACCAACUAUAUCAAGACACAGAUCAGCGCAUUCGAGACCGCCGUUCAGGGCUGGAUAUUCUGGAAUUUCAAGACCGAGAGCGCUGCAGAGUGGGAUCUGUUCAAGCUGAUCGACGCCGGCGUGUGGCCUCAGAGCUAG